UCUCUAUUAAUAUAGAAAGUAUGUUGGACCGGAAAGCUCUGUACUUAAUCGUAGCGUUUUUGUGUGGAACAGUUAAUAGUAAUACUCCAGUUUAUAAUCCGUGUAUACAACAAAUCGAGCUAACAAAAGAAGAAGCACAUCAGGUAUUGGAGAACUGGCCAGACACCCCAAUCGAUCGCAGUUACAAGUGCUUUCUAACAUGUGUCCUUCUGGACUUGGGGCUGGUUAGUAAAUCAGGGGAGGUGCAGAUCGAUGAGUAUUUAAAAUCUGGUGUUGUGGACUGGAGAUGGGUGGCAAUGGAGUUGGUCUAUUGUCGCAUAGAAUUCUCAGAUGAAAAAGAUCUGUGUGAUCUUGCAUUUGGACUUUGGAACUGUUUUAGAAAGGUAAAAAAAGAAGCUGAUGAAAAACUGAAAAAUAAUUGAAAAUAUUCAAAAUAUAUGACUUUUGUAAAACAAUGUUGUUGUUUGUCAAAAUUGAGAAACACUGUUAUGUAUAAACAUUAAUACGAAAUGAAUAAAAUUUUAAGGGGAUUAUUGGGGUAGCCCAUACCGCUAAGGUCGGUCUUGUGAGCAAAUUUGAUAAUAUCUUGUUUCAGUGUAAGUUUAAACAGAUUUUAUUGACAAAAACUUAUCUACAUGCCAAUAAUCGUACCAAUCUGUAUAUUAUUUUAGAAAUUAUGAGUGAUUUAAUUAAACUUGCUUUGCAAGGUCAGUAGUACCCUGCCUCCGA